AUGUCUUCUAACACUGAUAACGACGAAAGCCACAGAAGAGCGGAAGAAGAGGAAACCGUUGCUUGUAGAAGUGAGCAACAAUCCCGUAGAUCUUGUACAGCUGCCGUUGCUGAUGCUGAUGCCGAUGCCGAGGCUCCCAGACCACGAGCUUCCAUCAAUAAUAGGACAAGAAGAUCUCGAAGACGCCCCAGUAUCCCCAGCAACACCCACAGGCGUGCCAGUAGUCGUGUACAGCCACAGCCAAAAGAUACAGCAUCAUCCCUGAGCACCCAAUCUGCCAACUUAGACGUAUCAGGAGCUGUGGAAGCUACCAGUACCAACAGCACCAGCACGAUGCCGUUGGCCAAGGGCAACCGAAGCAGGGCCCCGGUACCGUUGAAAGAGCAAAAGUUGCAAAACCCAGCAGCCACCUCACAAAUUGGGGCUCUUGCUGAGAAUAGAAACAGAUCCACGGGAAAACAAAAAGUUAAGCGUGGCCUGUCGCGGGAAGAGGACAAUCCAGCUGCCACCAAUACCGGUAGUGCGGGCUCAUCCACCGGUAGGGGCGGGUCCAGACGUUCUAGUGAAUUGAGUCAAGGUGCCAGGGCCAGACGAGGCUUAUCAUCAUCGAGUGGGGAUUCGUCCAAAAAAGGUCUGGGCAGAAGGUCCAGCUCCAGAGACAGUGCCGCAUCAGGGACGCCUGAUUCCAAAUCAGGACUGAGCAGGAGAUCUCGUUCCAGAGAUAGUGUCACGAUAAGCUCCCCUGGAGCCGAGACCACCACUGGACUUGAUAUGUCCAAAGGACUACGAAGGAGAUCACGUCUCAGAGAUAGUAUUACCACCGACUCGGAAGAUCCGUCUACAACGAGGCGUAGUUCUCGUGCUCCCAGUCACCGAGGUUUGGCGAAAAGUUCGGCGCCGCGGGAUGAUGUCAACACAAAGACUUACCGUCCUUCAUCAUCACGCUCCUCCAGGAGUUCCAAUCUGACGAGAACAGGAGGGGCUGCUGUGGGACUCCCCGUCAAUGACAGCAGGAGCAACGAGCACUCUUUAGCGUCCAACUCGGAUCUACCAUCAUUUAGUGACAGCUCUACCGGUAGCAACAAUAACAGCAACAACAGCGAAUUGGAUCAUUCCGAAACAGAAUCCGUGCAUUCCCAACACCAUCGCGAUAUCCAUCUAGGCCAGCAGGGGAACCAAGAUGCUUCUAUUCCUAAUAACACCAAUACUGAUCCCAAUUCUUCCAGCGAUGAUGGCCAUAUCAUUCAGGAUGCUCAGCUUGUCCCAGAUGCAGUCCUGGCAGUGGCAUCCCUCGUGGAGGAGCCAAGCAGCAGCCACAAUGAAGAAAACAGCAACUCGUUUGUGGACGAGGAAAAUCAAGCACAACCGCUUUUGGUAGAAGCACAAAAAGCAGGAGUGGCAGAUUUCCUGCAGAACCACAGAAUGCAAUGCUUUAUAUUCAUUUUGGCCUUGGUGAUUGUCGCAAUCGUGUUGCUGGCACAGCUUGCUUUUUCAACAAUGCUGGGAGGUAAUUCUGAUGACGGGGACUCAACCAAAAGUAGCACCCCUGCUCCAGAGAUUAUUGUUGUUGCUCCCACCAACACAACAGCACCAAGUGCGACGGGGAACAUUUUUGAUCAUUCAACCCCUGUGCCAUUGCCAGUACCAACCACGAAUCUAACAUUCCCUGCGGACCUUCCCCAGUUUACAAUCAUUGCAAUCACCAUCGUUGGUUCCCCACAGGCAAAAGCCGACGCUUGGGUUGAGAAUCACCCAGAUUACGAGAGUUUAGAAGAGUGGCAGAAAUUUGAACUUUUUGCCUCGAUCACCCUUUUGUACUCAUUCAGCAACUGGCAAGGACCAUCCCAAGAAACUUCAGCAAACUUUGAAAUCCUGAACUACAGUACACCAAUUUGUGAAUGGGAGGUUCUGCAGUGUCUCAGCAAUGGGCGAAUCAAGAGUAUUGAGUAUGAUCCUGGUAGCCAGCAAGAAUCCUUGAGCGGGGCUCUUCCAAUCGAAUUGCAACUUUUGGAAGACUUGGAAAGUAUUUCCAUUGGGGCACUCAGUGGCACAAUCCCAUCAGAGCUUGGCCUUUUUUCAUCUCUAGAGGCUCUUAGUCUCGGUCAAGACCUUUCAGGUCAGAUUCCUACAGAAUUGGGGCAGCUGUCCAAGCUACAAAGACUUGAGCUCUACGGGAUGGAGAUAUCUGGAGAUAUUCCAUCCGAGCUUGGUUUGCUUUCCCAGUUGACUUUACUCAGGCUGCAUGAGAGCAAUCUCUCAGGGACAGUUCCCUCUAGUAUUUGUGAUCUUCCUGGACAGCUUACCCUUGAAAUUGAUUGCAGCAACCUAGAUUGCCCACCGGCUGAUUGUGACUGUGUGUGCAUCCAAGAGACCACAAACGCUACCAAUUUACCAAGUCAGCAUCCCAUCAGCUUGCCCAGCACAGUUCCUUCAACUGUACCCUCAAUCAGCCCUUCAGAGUCACCCAGCAUUCCAUCCAGCCAGAAACCCAAUUUACCAAGUCAGCAUCCCAGUAGCUUGCCCAGCACAAUUCCUUCAACUGUACCCUCAAUCCGCCCCACAGAAUCACCCAGCAUUCCAUCCAGCCAGAAACCCGGAAGCAUUGAUGCAAUCCCUGACAGGGCAGCAUUGGAUGCAGCCAUUGAAGAGUGGAUCUCAAAUGGUACAUCACCCCAUGGGCAAAUUGGGAACUGGGAUGUUUCUAGGAUCGGCAAUUUUGACAAACUGUUUAGUCAGAAGGAAAGUUUUGAUGACGACAUUAACCGAUGGUCGACGACUCAAGUUACUUCCAUGGCUUAUACAUUUGAGUAUUCUAGCUUCAAUCAACCCUUGGAUGCUUGGGAUGUGAGCAAGGUUACAACUCUGCAGGGUGUCUUCCGAGGUGCAAAACAGUUCAACCAGCCCUUGACGUCUUGGGAUGUGAGCAGAGUUGUUUCACUCGGUGGUGCCUUUGGUGGUGCAGAAUCCUUCAAUCAGCCGCUGGUCACCUGGGACACCAGGAAUGUUCGAGAGAUGUUCAAUUUGUUCCACACAGCUACUUCAUUCAACCAAGACAUUUCCUCUUGGAAUGUCAGCUCUGUAUCAACAAUGGGAAUCAUGUUUCGGGACGCAACCGCCUACAAUCAACCCUUGAAUAGCUGGGACAUGAGCAAUGUUGCUCUCGUUGACUAUAUGUUCCAAAACGCCAAUUCCUUCAACCAACCUCUUAACAACUGGAACACAACAAAUAUGCAAGGUUUUAGGGCUAUGUUUGAGAGUGCAGCCAGCUUCAAUCAAGACAUCACUGGAUGGAAUGUGGGCAAGGCCUCUGUUUUUACCAACAUGUUCAGAGAUAGCAGCUUCAACCAGGAUCUAUGCAGCUGGAACAAGAAUAUUCAUCCAAAUGCAGAGUUUCUCAAUUCCUUCGAAAACAGUGGUUGUACCACAACGGGUGAUCCAGUCCUUCUGGAGAACGCAGGCAACAAAAUCUGGAGCCCCCUAUGCCAUCUUUGUUCUUCUUAG